AGAAGAACAGGAAAGCAAGGCUGCUGAGAGGAGAAGAAUCAUCGAGGAACCGAAUAGUGGCAGACCGAAGAACUUGGACGACGCCAAUGAAGUUUCAGCUUUCGCUACCAGGAGAACAGAACGAGACAACAAUGACUGUCAUCACACAGUUCCAAUGCUUACCACCAGGAGCGCAUGGUAUCACAACAGUUCGGACAAAGGGUCAAGAUGCAUGUUGGAAACUGCGGUGAGGUUUUAUGUGUUCUUCUGCUUCUCUUUGCAGCUUCUAAACAGCAAACCGAUGGUGGAAAACAUAACAAGUAUGAACAUCCCGCUGAGUUUGAUGGCCCGCUUCCUAAAUUUUCAAGCAAUGAACAUCCAAGAGGCACAGUUGGCGAGUCUGCAGAUGAUACUGUUUUCCCAACUUACAUUGUAGAAGAAGAGAAUCCUGAGAAGUUACUGCAAAACCCUAAACUGAUGAAGCAAAUAGAGGACCAACUAGAAGAUCAUGACGGCAAUGAAUUUAAAGAUCAACAACACAACAGAAAAAUUGAUAUUCUGGAAAAGUCUGUAGAUGAUACUGUCUUCCCAACACACAUUGUAGAAGAAGAGAAUCCUGAGAAGUUACUGCAACACCCUCAACUGAUGAAGCAAAUUGAGGACCAACUAGAAGAUCAUGAUGGCAAGGAAUAUAAAAAUCAACAACAGAACGAAAAAAUUGAUGAUCUGGAUGGAAUAAUACAGAAAGUGUUUAACUUAGACAAUGAACAAAAGCAUGAUACAGAGUCACAUAAUUUGCAUAUCAAGACUCAAUUGCCAGUGGCUCCUAAAGAAGUUUAUAAACAGAACAUCCAACGUAAUAGUCCAGUUGAAAUCGGACUUCCUCAGGGAAAUAUACUUGAACGACGGCGUAUUAUGAGAAAACUUAAAUCACCACUAAGAAGUAGCAGUUCUGGUUACAAAAGUGAGCAAACCAGCGAAGAAAUGCUUCACGACAUUCUCGAAUCUAUUGACCAAGAUAAUUCUCAACAUGGAGACCCGAUCAAAAAUGCAUUCCUUAAGAAAACAACCACUUAUAAUAUCUCAAAAAUCCACAACCACGGUAGGAAUAGAAGUUUUUUGAUUGAGAAAAUCGUAAAUUAUACUACCAACAUCAAGAUUUUACACCCUGAAAGUAUUCCUACAAAUUACUCGGACUCACGAAGUUCAGUUGUACAAACCGUUAUGGAUUUAGACAAAAGUAGGGAUUCACCUAACGACAAUAGAAUUGGAAACCCGUAUGAUAGUUUACCUGAAGAGAAUGGUGAGUCAAACGAUAUAGUACAGAGUCAGGGUAGAUCUCAUUUUAGUAAUGGUGAGACUCAACCUUUGAAAACCCCAACUCAAAAUCAAUUCCCCACAGAUUUUGUAGGUGGUGUAUAUUUAAAACCGCAUAGCAACUUACCCAUAGAAGAUUCAUUGUCUGACAAAAAACAUACUAAUCAUGAGUUUUCAGACUUUGUUGGAGGACAAUAUGUUAAUCCUUCCAAAAGAAAAAGUGAUGAACCGCAUAAAUCCAAAGACUCAAAAAAUAAUCUAGAUUUUGUCGGAGGGCAGUUCAUAGAGCAACCAUUGGGAUCGAGAGAAAAUGUUUUACAAACUUCAAGUCCUGAUUUUGAAACAACUUUGGUUCAAGAUUAUGCCACUAAUAGUCCUAUAGUUGAAUUUCCCAGUUUAUCCCUUACUAAUGAACAGAAAGUAAGUAAGGAGCACCCAUCGAGUAAUAUUUUGAAAACUAAAGGAAAAACAGAGGAAAAUCCAAUUUUAGAGGAGGUUAGCAGUGAAAAAGCAAACAGUAAAUCCAAAGAUUCCUCACGUACAAAUACAAUCAGCACUAAGGAAAAUGAUAAAAACAGAGCUAAAAGCGACAUUGAUUCAUCUGAAGAAAAGACUUUACCUUCAUCUACUAACAAUAACGAUCAUGACACCCUCGAUGAAAGUUCAGAUGUUGAGAAUAAAUCCAACAAUAGUUAUGAAAGUACAACAAUUCCUGGAGAAAUGCAAGACAAAGCAAAAAACACAAUUUCUAAGACAGAUUUAAAAAAAGUAAAGAAAACUCAAAAUUCCCCUAAAUAUGUGCUGAAUGAGGAUCAUCAAAAUAGUAUGAAAGCUAAAAGUGGUGAACAAAAAAUAAUUCAUGCAAAUAUUCCUUCUGAUGAUUCAGUUUUGCGAGCAGCUAGUGAAGACGAUUUAAACUCUGGUGAAGAAGAAGUUGAAGAAGAGUCAGAAGAGUACAGUAGUACUUUGCAAGAUUUUGUUGGCCUCAAGCCUACAAAAACCUAUGCCAGUAUUAUGAAGACCGAUUCAACAGGACAUUUUGUUACAGAAAUACCUGAUGACUUCUCGACCGAUUCAACAACUCAACCUAGUAGCCUAGAAGAUUUAGAACCAUUAAGUACGUCAGGUUCAAACCUGAAAAUGAGAAAUAUGUCACCAAAUCCAAAUACAGAAUUUAAUCCUAUUCUCGGAGACGUAUUAGAUGUUCAGAAAAGUAAGGUAAGAUCUAUUUCUAGCGAAACUGAAUUUUCUGAUCCAUUGAGUGAAACUGAAUCUCAAGAACAAAAUAUCACAAAUCUUGUUGAUGAAGUUAAACUUUUCGCUGGAAAACCCAAUGAAAGCGAAUCAGUGCCCAAAGAGAAAACUACAAUCAACCCUAAAAGUAAUAUUUUGAAGAAACUGUCCAAAGCCGUAGAAGGAAACUCAAGUGAAAAAAACACAACAGAGCUGUGCUUUCCAAUAAGUGAGGAUGAAAUACCAACUCUCCUAGACCUUCUUUCUGGGAAACUGUAUUUAGAGAAGAAUGGGAAAAGGACUCACUUACGUUUGAGAGAUAAUCCGAUGAAAAACUGUAAUUCUAGAAGUGCAGUUUGUAAAUUAUUUUUUGAUUUGGAGAAAAAUACAGAGCCGUCAAUGUCAGAAGAAAUGUUUGAACCCUCUGAUGAAAACCCAGACAAGGGUUUGCCUAUGAAGUCUAAAAAUGAAAAGAGACAAAUUACUGAGGAAUAUAACGGGACAAAUGAAACAAAUGCUGAAAAUAAAACUGAUGAGAUUACUACAAAACCUCCAGAGGGAGUGGAGAUAAGUAAAGAAUUAAAUGAAAAUAAAAUCACGGACACACCGUUAGGAAAUAAAUCUGAAACAACUGUAAGCGAUCUUAUUGUUAACAAAACAGAAACGGAACUAUCAGAAUCCUCAGACAAAAUCAAACAAAAACCAGAAAAAGCGUUGUUUAUAAAACUACCGGUUUCCUUCAAAGGUUUUGAGGUUCCAGAUCAGAUUCCGAUAAGAGAUUCAAACAGCAAUCAAAAUAAUGUAAACCAACCGAUGAAUGAAAAGAGAAUUACAUUGCACGAUUUGGAUUCCCCGUAUCACAGUCAUGGUGUUUUAGGUCCGAGCCCUUUUCUCCGUAAGAUUCACCAUAAACGUAACAGUCUUGCCAACAUCGGAGGCGCUUGCGGAUGCAACAACCCUCUUCUGCUAAGUCCUUCCCCAACUCCUGAUUUUAGACAUUUCGUAGGAAAACGUAUGACUAUUUUGAAAAAUAUUGUUCACACCAUAAAAGAUUGGGCUACACAGGAUUCGCUUAGGGCUUAGAUUAAUCUUAGAAGUGUAUAUAAGAUUGCACAAUAGUUUUAUUGUAUAUAAAGAUUAUUUUCAUAACUUACUGUAAAUAUUAAAAUAU